AUGAGUCACCAGGACAACGACGUAACAGCCCAUAAUCGUGAAACCUGGGAUUCAAAAGCAAAAGACUACGAUGCCAAACCCUGGCAAAAGAAGAUAGCCGCUCAAGUAGCUUCAGCACUGGACUCUCAUUCUUCCUGGCUGGGAGCAAAUUGGACUUCUUCCUCGAAUAAAGAAUGCAAGCUGCUGGAUUAUGCGUGUGGGACGGGUAGUGUGACGAGAGCACUAAGCAACCACAUCACCCACGCAACAGGUCUAGACAUCUCAUCCCAGAUGUUGGAGCAAUACAAGACUCUCCUAUCCUCUUCCCACCCUUCCCUUUCCCUCACCACCGCAAUCGCCGAUUUCUGCUCUGAAGACCCCGAUCCUUGCCUCCAAGGCCCAGAGUUUUAUGACUUUGAUGUCGCAGGUGUGGCACUAGGCUUCCACCACUUCAACAAUCCUGGGCUUUGUAUCUCUAACUUGGCGAAAAGACUCAAGAAGGGAGGAGUCUUGUUUAUCGUUGACUGGCUACCCAAGGACGUUAAACCUGAAGACCACAUAGGACACCAACAUGCUCAUCCCACCUCCUCUGACACCAAAGAAGGAAACGAUACAGAAGAAUGGAAGAAGAUGCAAAAGACAAUCAAGACGAACGGAUUCACAGAAGAGGAUAUGAGGACUUUCUUUGAAGGAGCAGGAUUCCAAGAUUUUGGAUUUGUGGUGCUAGAGGAGAGUUUUGUUUUGCAGAUGAAUGGGAAAGAGGUCAAGAAGACUGGGUUUAUUGCUAAAGGGAGGAAGGUCUAG